AUCAUCAAAAUAUGAUUACUAUGAUCCACAAAGUGUUGCUAGCGGCGGUCCUUUUGGCCGCCGGUUAUUAUGAUACUGCGGAAGGAUGGGACACGGUGACGAUACAUGUCACCAACAAGCUGAGCACAAGACGGAUACUGAUCGUACACUGCAAAUCUGACGACGACGAUCUCGGCGGCAGCGCCAUCGACGCCGGUGCUAAUAUCACUUUGGUUUUCGGCCAGAACGUGUUCGGCGGGACGCUGUUCUGGUGCAGCGCGGCGUACGAAGAUAAGCGCCUUUCUUUCAAGGCGUACGAGCAGAACGAUCACAAUACGUUCGUCAAAGUGUUUGAUGUCUCCGACGACGGAGUCGGCGGGAUCGAUGUUUAUAGUGGCAAUCUACUUCAUAUUUCUAGGUGGAGAAUUAUUUCUCAUUUGAAUUUUUAGUAUUAUAGUUCUGAAAUGUCAGCCUCAGUUGCUCAAUCUAUUACGUCCAUGUGGAUAGUAUUUAGUUUGGUUAGCUGCUAAUUAGAUAGCUUUUUUCCCGGGAAUAAUGUUGUAACUAGGAUUCGAACCUUGGCUGCAGGGAAGCCGAAGGUUUGGCACCAGAAAGAAAGUGCAAAAUUCAAAUGUUUGGAUUAUGGUUGAAAUUGUGUCGUCUCUUGUUUGUAUCUUGUGACUUGUGUCAAUUGAGUCCGGGCGAGUGUCUGUUUGGAAAAUAUGAGUUUAAAUCUAUAGAUUGUCAACAAUUUAAAGAUUCUAACUUUUCAGAUUGUUGAAAAUAGACUUUAGAAUGUUUA